AUGGCGAGUAAGAGUCAAAACAAGAAAGAUGCCGAAUUUACGGGUGAUCACCAAUUGCAAACGCCGGCCAUUGAAUGCCCGUUCACCAAAUUGGCAACAGAAGCUUUUUUGGUUUUCGAUGCGUUGAAUAACGAAUCGGUUGACGUGAGGGAGGUCGGAACCAUCAUUCGAUCUCUGGGCUGCUGUCCAUCGGAAUCGGAAUUGCAACAUCUGGUUACGGCUAUGGAAGGAGAAGGAACGACGCAGUUUGUCACUCUGCAAAAAUUCGCACCCACAGUCAGUGGGAUACUACAGCAAAAACGGUUCCAAUCGGCAACAGAGGACUUGAUUUUACGGGCAUUCCAGACACUGGAUUCAGAAAGGAAAGGCUAUUUGACGAAAAAAGAACUGGAAUCCUCACUGACGGGGAGCGGGGAGCCUUUCUCUGCCGACGAAAUGGAAGAAAUGUGGACGGCCAUCAAAGCGCUGCGAUUCCCAACAGACUCGGACCGAGUCCUGCCAUCCGACGCCUUUGAUUACAGUUUGUACGCGAAAUACAUGAUGAAAUAAUCUUGA